CGUUAAUUUUAAGAAAGAAAACGUGUAGAAUCAGCGUGCACGCGCCUGCACGCACACGACUCUCUCUCUCUCUCUCUCUCCAGAGUCCAGAAACAAAAGUGACUUCAAAUUCUGCAAAUGAUUUUGAGUAGAGCCGUGCCCUCUGCCAUGGCCUCCUUCCCUCGUUCAAUGAAAGGGUCGGAACUGUGCGUAUGGCCAGGGAUGAGACAGCUUUCUCUAAGAAAGACUCUUGUGUAUGGAUUUGUGAGGCUCUUAUCAAUGCCAUUCAAGACCUUGCGGGGAGUUAGCCAAACAAUCGGAGGAGUUUCUAAUUUUUGCAGCAUCACCAAUAUGUCAUCCACUUUGCAGAUUGAGCUGGUGCCCUGUCUUAAGGAUAACUAUGCAUAUCUGUUACAUGAUAUGGAUACUGGGACUGUUGGAGUGGUUGAUCCUUCUGAAGCAGUACCUAUUAUAGAUGCAUUGAAUAGGAAAAAUUGGAAUUUGACUUACAUCCUGAACACUCAUCAUCAUUUUGAUCAUACUGGUGGAAACAUGGAGUUAAAGGAAAGGUAUGGCGCAAAGGUGAUUGGAUCAGGAUUAGACAAGGAGAGAAUACCUGGCAUAGAUAUCCCUUUGAAUGAUGGGGACAAAUGGAUGUUUGCAAGCCAUGAGGUGCUUGUGAUGGCAACUCCUGGUCAUACUCGAGGCCAUAUUACUUUCCACUUCCCUGGAUCAAAAUCAAUUUUUACGGGAGACACUUUGUUCAGCUUAUCAUGUGGCAAGCUUUUUGAAGGAACUCCGCAGCAGAUGCUUUCUUCCCUGAGGAAGAUCACGUCGGUGCCAGAUGAUACAAAUAUAUAUUGUGGUCAUGAAUAUACAUUGAGUAAUUCUAAAUUCGCCCUGUCAUUAGAACCUGGGAAUGAAGAAUUGCAGUCUUAUGCUGCCUAUGUAGCCCAGCUCCGCAGCAAGGGCUUGCCGACGAUCCCGACUUCUCUAAGAAAGGAAAAGUCGUGCAAUCCAUUCCUUCGGACUUCAAGCAAAGUAAUACGUAAGUCAUUGAAUAUCCCUGACUCAGCAGAUGAUGUCGAAGCCUUGGGAGUCAUUCGCAAAGCCAAGGACAACUUUUAGGUUCAGCUCAGAAAUAUGGAUGACUUUAGGCAUAGCUUAGCCUUUGCGUAUACGUAAUAAGUUUGUCAGAUUCUUGCACACUCCGACUGUCGUUCGGAAUUUCCUUCGCCCUCUGCGUUUGAGUUUUGUAGAGCAUUGCAAUGAAAAAAAAUGUUUUUGGGUUUUCUCUUUGAUGUUGGAUUUAAUCCACUGAAGAAAUGAUGAGUGCUUUCUGUAUAGCUUCAUUGUACUAUCCUUGAUCACAAGUUAGUCAAGUCGUAUUCUUUUUCACA